AUGGAACCAGAUCUAGCAACGAAGCUUCAGAAAGUUGUUCUUUCUGAGAAAGAAAAAGGUGGUGUUCAAUUGAAGGAGGAUGACGUCAAUUCGAGCCUGGAUGACUGCAGAUUAAGCUUGAUAGGCAAAGUUUAUGGUGAGAAAAGGGCAAAUCUGAACGGACUCAAAGCAACUGUGGGAGCUAUCUGGACAACCAAAGAGUCGUUUAAUGUCAGAGGAAUUGGGAACAACCUCUUCCAAUUUCUCUUCAAAUCUGAGGAAGAUAGAGACCGAAUCCUUGAUGGUAAAACCUGGUCGUUCGAUGGUCAAUAUAUCCUACUGAAGAAAUGGGAGCCAGACCAAACGAGCUUCUAUGAAGAUGAAGAAAAGAUUAAAAUAUGGGUCCAAAUCCAUCAUGUCCCACUGCAUUGGCUCACUGAAGAGACAUGA